AUGGUUGCCGAGGCCGUCUCCGGGAGCCCGCCGCUGGCCGUCGGCGGCGUGGCCGGCAGCAGGAGCAGAAUGGCCGUGCACGGCCACCGGCUCUCGACCGUGGUGCCGAGCUCGGUGACCGGGGAGGAGGUGAACUACGAGCUGGCGGACGCCGACUUGAUCCACAAGCUGCACUACCUCCGCGCGGUGCACGUGUUCCGCGCGCCGGCGUUCGCCAUCGAAAAGCUGAAGGAGCCCAUGUUCCCGUGGCUGGACUUGUACUUCCCCGUCAGCGGCCGGCUCCGGCGGCGUCAAGCGGCAGACGCCAGCGGCGACGCCGAGGACGGCAAGGACGUCGACGCGGCGGUGGGGCUGGGGCGGCCGUACGUGCGGUGCAACGACUGCGGCGUGCGCAUCGUGGAGGUGGCCUGCGACGCCACCGUGGAGCAGUGGCUGGAGGCGGAGGCGGAGCGCGGCGGGCUGUGCAAGGCGCUGGCCUACGACAAGGUGAUCGGGCCGGAGUUCUUCUUUUCGCCGCUGCUCUACGUGCAGGUCUGCACCUUGCGUUCUUGCCAAAUAAUUGGUCUCACACACAUCUAA